GUCGGCGGAGACAAAGGCGCGCCGCGGCCCGGAAGCUCCCCGCGCCCCUCUUUCCCGCCCCGAGCGGCUGGCCGAGUGCUCGUCGCGCACAGCUCCAAAGCUGUCAGCGUUUCCCUUAGGCUCUCCGGUACCAGUGACAGGUCGGGAAAGCAGAAGAAGUUGGAUUCCAUGGGUUCCAAAAGAAGAAGAGCGACCUCCCCUUCCAGUAGUGUCAGCGGGGACUUUGAUGACGGGCACCAUUCUGUGUCUACACCAGGCCCAAGCAGGAAAAGGAGGAGACUUUCCAAUCUUCCAACUGUAGAUCCUAUUGCUGUGUGCCAUGAGCUCUACAAUACCAUCCGGGACUAUAAGGAUGAACAGGGCAGGCUUCUCUGUGAGCUCUUCAUUAGGGCACCGAAGCGAAGAAAUCAACCAGACUAUUAUGAAGUGGUUUCUCAGCCUAUUGACUUGAUGAAAAUCCAACAGAAAUUAAAAAUGGAAGAGUAUGAUGAUGUUAAUCUGCUGACUGCUGACUUCCAGCUGCUUUUUAACAAUGCAAAGGCCUAUUAUAAGGUAAGAAAGCAUCAAAUUUGGAAGGUACCCAAUUUGAUCAAUACCUGGCUUUUUAAUAUUUACCAAUCUUGUAGGUGAAUAGUGGUUUCUCAUUUGGUGGUUUGAGUUUGCAUUUUUAUUUUUAAAGAGACUGAACUUCCAUUCAUAUGAUUAUGAACUACUCUUAUUCUGUGUCUGCUCGGAUCUUUUGUCUAUUUUGGGGGAGGGGGUUGUCAUUUGUAUGUUUCUAGAAAUUUUUGAACUAGGUACUAAUCUUUUGUUGUUAUAUGUGUUACAAAUAUCUUCCUCUGUGUGUCUGUUUUUUUCACUCUUUUUAUGGUUCUUUUGAUGAGAAGUUUUUUAUUUUAAUAUACUCUAAUGCACAAAUCUUUAACUUUGUGGUUUAUCCUUUGUCUUGUUUCAGAAACUCCUCUUGCCCAAAGUUUA